AGAGCUAACAUCCAACUGAGCUAACAGCUAACUGAGCUAACAGACAGCAGGACUGUUAGCUUCUCCUCAGUUUAUUCGGCUACAGAGCUAACAGCUAACAGAGCCCACAGCUAACUGAACUAACAGCUAACAGAGCUAACAGCUAACUGAACUGACAGCUAACACAGCUAACAGCUAACAGAGCUAACAGCUAACUGAACUGACAGCUAACAGCUAACUGAACUGACAGACAGAAAGUUAGCUUGUCCGUUCAGAGAAACGUUUACACACUAAACAUUUAAAUGAUUCACCCAUUGACAUUCAGAGCCACUAAUAACUUCGUAUUAACCGGCAGGUUAGGUCUCCUCACAGAAUAUUCACAUCAUAAAGAAAACCUGUAUCAAUAAUCAAAUCCAGCCACCUAUUUCUCAGGUGGACUCUGACUUUGUCUCUGGACUCUGUCUCAGGUGGACUCUGACUUUGUCUCUGGACUCUGUCUCAGGUGGACUCUGACUUUGUCCCUGGACUCUGUCUCAGGUGGACUCUGACUUUGUCUCUGGACCCUGUCUCAGGUGGACUCUGACUUUGUCUCUGGACUCGGUCUCAGGUGGACUCUUGAACAUUGAUCGAUUGACCUGUGAUCAGCUCAUUGAUCUGAAUGAUGACAUCAUACUACUGAUGACAGAUGUUUACACGUAGCUCGUCUCCCAGCAUCCUGCUGGUGGAGCCGUUCUAUGGUGGAUCUCACAAACAGCUGAUCGAUCUUUUGAAUGAAAAUAUCAUUGACUGCUGCGUCUUCACACUCCCCGCCAAGAAGUGGCACUGGAGGGCGAGAACAGCAGCACUGUACUUCAGCCAGACCAUCCCCCCCUGUCCAACAUACAGGGUUCUGUUCAGCAGCUCGGUCCUGAACCUGUGUGAGCUGGUGGCUCUCAGACCUGAUCUGGCUCGACUGAAGAAGAUCCUCUACUUCCAUGAGAACCAGCUGGUUUAUCCGGUCCGCAAAGACCAGGAGAGAGACUUCCAGUACGGAUACAACCAGGUUCUGUCAUGCCUGGUAGCAGACGUCGUCGUGUUCAACUCGUUCUUCAACAUGGAUUCCUUCCUGACGUCUAUCUCCUCCUUCAUGAAAAAGAUUCCUGACCAUCGACCCAAAGACCUCGAGCAGCUGAUCCGUCCCAAGUGUGUGGUCCUGAGCUUCCCUCUUCAGUUUCCUGACGUCAGCAGACUGAUGCCCAAACACAAGCUGGUCCGUGAGCAGCAGAACAGUGAUGAGCCUCAAACUCACAGGAUUUAUUUUUCCAACAGGUCUGAGGAUCCACAUCCGGCCACAGUGGAACCAGACCUGGAACCAGUUUCAGACCAGGACUCUGGAGACCAGUUCAAACCUCUGCACAUCGUGUGGCCUCAUCGAUGGGAACAUGAUAAAAACCCAGAGCUGUUCUUCUCAACACUCAUGAGACUGAAAGAGAAACAACUGAACUUCAAGCUGUCGGUGCUCGGAGAGACAUUCACUGACAUCCCAGCCAUCUUCUCUGAGGCUCGCCGUCAGCUGGACUCUCACGUGGUGUCGUGGGGCUUUCAGAGCAGGAAGUCAGAUUACCUCAGAGUUCUGUGCGAGGCAGACGUGGUCGUCUCCACCGCCAAACACGAGUUCUUCGGCGUCGCCAUGUUGGAAGCUGUUCACUGCGGAUGUUUUCCUCUGUGUCCGAAGGCUUUGGUGUAUCCUGAGAUAUUUCCAGCACAGUAUCUGUACUCCACACCUGAGCAGCUGUGCAAACGUCUGCAGGAACUCUGCAGGAGGCCCGACCUCGCCCGCAGACAUGUCCUCAAGGUCGACACCUCCUCCUUCUCCUGGACGCGUCUGAAGGAUCGUUUUGAGAUGCUGCUGCAGACGCAGGUCCCUGAACGCAGCGCAGGCCGGUCUGAGGCUGAGGUCCAUUAGCUUGUGAUGGUUGGAGGUCUGGAUGGAGCGUCGGCCUCGUCCUGCAGACCGAGGACAUCCAGUAUGAGCGUCUCUAGUUCCUGUGAGCUCCGAAUCAAAGAGCGGCCGGAGACGCCGAGUCUGGAGCUGUAAACGUCUCCGUCUUCUGGAGAAAAACUCGCUUUCAUGGGUCUGAUUGGGGUCGGGGGG